AUGAAGGGCAUCAUUUCCGUCUCGUCUUUCCUCCUAUCAGCUGUACUUGUUUUAUGUAGUAUCGCGCCUUUCGUCGCCGCAGGCCACGGCGCCAAACAUGGCGACGACUUUCAGCCGGAUUAUAUCCUCCGAAUCACAGAAGACACUGCUCCUGUGGCUUGCCAGGUUCGAAAAUCGGUUUUGGUAAAUGGCACCUCGCCGGGUCCAGAGAUUCGCUUGAAGCCGGGCUCGACAACCUGGAUUCGGGUGUAUAACGACAUGGAAUCAUUGAACACAACUAUGCACUGGCAUGGUCUGGCACAGCGAGUUGCCCCCUUCUCGGACGGCAGCCCACUGGCAACUCAAUGGCCCAUCCCAGCAAAGCAUUUCUUCGACUACGAGAUAUAUGCCGAAGAAGACGACGCCGGAACUUAUUUCUAUCACUCUCACGUCGGCAUCCAAGCGCUCACCGCAGCUGGGCCGUUAAUUGUUGAAGACUGCGGCCGAAAGCCGUACGAUUACGACGAGGAACGCGUCUUCAUGCUCACAGACUACUUCAACAAGACUGAUGAAGUAAUUGAGGGAGGUCUGCAGGGCGUGCCCUUCACAUGGUCCGGCGAGACCAACGCAAUUCUGCUCAACGGAAAGGGGGUACCAAACACACCCCCAACAGAGGCCUCGGAAUGCUCCCUUCCAGUCAUCGACGUACGUCCUGGCAAGACAUACAGAUUCCGCUUCAUCGGUGGCACCGCUCUCUCCCACACUCUCAUCGCUUUUGAGGGACAUCCUAAUCUCACCAUCAUCAACGUCGAAGGCCACUACACCGAGCCGCACGUGGUUGAUCGCAUGCAGCUCGGAAGCGGAAAUCGCUUCGACAUCCUCUUCAGCACCAAAUCUGCUGCUGACCUCGCCGCCGCCCAGCGCAGCUCUUACUUUAUUCAAUUCGAGUCGCGUGAUCGCCCUACCGUUUACCGUGGCUAUGCCAUCCUCCGCUACGAACCAGAUUCGCCUCUCCCGAAAGCCCCUGCAGUGGCCCCCCUCACCCUCCCAAACGCAACCUACGACUGGGCCGAAUACGCCCUCCAGCCGUUGUACCCACGCCACGACUUCCCAGCGCUCGAGGAAGUCACGCGACGCAUCAUCCUGAACACAAGCCAGAUCCAGACCUUCUCUCAGCACCUGAUUUGGAAGUUCAGCAACAACUACACCUGGACCGAAGCCGUCUACGAAUCCCCACUGCUAAUCGACAUCUACAAGUCCGGUGAGGCUGCCGUCCCUUCCUUUGCUGCCGCCUCGUCUCCCGCCAGCCAGGGCUACGACCCCAUCAGCAAGGCCUUCCCGGCAAAACAAGGCGAGGUCAUCGAGGUCGUAUUCCAGAACACCGGCUCGCUGUUCAACAACGGCGGCGGCCUCGACGUGCACCCGUUCCACGCCCACGGCCAGCACGUCUUCGACAUCGGCUCCGGCAACGGCACCUACGACCCGGUUGCCAACGAGGCGAAGAUCAAGGAGCGGCACUGGCGGCCCGUCGAGCGCGACACCACGAUGCUGUAUCGCUACGGUCUCAAGACCACGCCGGGCGGGGUCAGUGGCUGGCGCGCCUGGAGGGUGCGUCUGGCUCAGCCGGGCGUCUGGAUGGUCCAUUGCCAUACCUUGCAGCACAUGAUUAUGGGCAUGCAGACCGUCUGGGUCAUUGGCGACGCCGCUGCCAUCCGCAGCGUACCUAUCGAGUAUGCCGCAGGCUAUCUCGAGUACGGCGGCAGCUCCUAUGGGAAUGAAACGUUUAGCCCUAUUGUCUGGGAGCAGUAUGACGGGACGGGCAGUUGUGCGCAACAGCAGCAGCAGCAGCAGCAACGGCAUGCUACGCGGGACGUAGAUGCUUAG